GAGGUUGUUUGCUCUCUCCUUCCUUGGUAAGUACAUGCACAUACAUAUUAUUCUGUCAAGACCCAUCUAGACUCCCCAUGUUUGUUAUUGUCUGCCGGAUUUGUAACCAAAUCGGAUCUCGUUCCCAUCUCCGCGCCUGCAGCUUUCAUCAGGACGGCUUAUGCCAAUCUCUUCAUGUUGGAGGGAAUUGGAUGAGAUGAUAAUCUGCUCUUUCUCUUUCUGGCUUCCGCAAUGUUCCUUCUGCUUCCAGUUACUAUACAAGUACAACAGUGCAUAUGAACUUUCUUUUAUUUUUUAUUUUUGCACCGUUUGAUUUUAAACAAAGAACGCAAACAAGCCUCGACAACCAAACUGAUUAAAUAAACAUUUCCAUCUCUACUUCUUCAACACUUUUUUUUCUUAACACUUUCAACUAUACACUCUUAUAAUCCUCUACUAUCAACUACAUAAAAUGGCAAAAUGCCGCCCAAAGUCCGACCCCACUUAUCUAAUCCGCGUGCCGAUCAUGAAGUCGAGUCUUGCAAUUCCACCGCUAGCCUUUUUCUAGGCGGCCGGCGCAAAUCUUGGAUGUUGAAUUCCAAUACCUUCGAUCUUACUCCCACUCACGCUCGCUCGAAUUCGAUUAGUACCUCACUGUCUGCUUCGACCUCUCAGCCUCUCCCUCUCCCUCCUGCCCCUCCUCCACCUCCGUUACCUUCGCGUCCUCGUCGUCCUUCGAGCGAUAACAACGCCGCCGCCGCCACCACCACUACCACCACCCCAUCCUCAUCUUCUCCCGAGCACACGUCUAGCUCUCCGCAAGGCAUGCGAAAUCCGUCCUCGCAUUUGCCAUCUUCUCCUUCAUGCACUCCGUCGAUCUCGACUCCGGCUUCUGCUGCGUCGUCUCCCCCUGGCAACCAACUGCCUGCUCCCGUUGGUCCUACGCGGCCCUCCGUUUCUGCUCCGGAUAAGAAUGGUCGAUUGGAUUCGCAGGUGACCGUUACCGCUGCAUUCGCGCCGGAUUCAAGUUUAAUGUCUCCAGUCACCCCGGGAGAGUCGCUCCACCAGCAACAACUACAAUUCCUACAAUUACAACAGCAGCCGCAGACGCAGCACGUGGGUUCGUCUUUUCCUCCGGGCAAUUCGAGCUUAUCCACGGCGUCAACCACUGCAAUCCCUGCGACGACUGCCACUUCCGGCGGAGGCCAGACCAGCGCGUCUAGUACCAGUCAGGCCUCCUCCCUUCCCUCGCCUGAUCCGAGCAAUCUCUCCUAUCCAAGCCCCUCGAGUGCGGUGGAUAAGAAUAACGGAGAUCAGUCAUGUCCUGUUUUCCCAUCUCCAGCUACCAGGCCGGCACAGAUACAAACUCCGCAGUCGCUGAAUUCUCCUCAGUUCAGGGACGCGGGGCUACCUACCGCGGGACUGCCUGUAGCGGGUACUUCGACUGCUCUGAACACCGUUGCGGUGUCCCCACAGCAUAAUAGAGCACACUCAUUUCCCAUGACUCUUACUACUUCAGCACCCCAGCAAAUGGCUGGACCCAACUCGACCGAUGUACAAAUUGACAAUGCUUUCUGGGCACAAUCACAUCAGUUUCUGGACAUGUUUAUCAACGAUUAUUCCAAGACGGUUGGCUUGUCAGACUCCGUGGAGCUUCCUCGCGUGCGUCUUCUCCGCGACGCUUGCAAUUCCCGAGACUUGUUGUAUUUGGCAUUGCAUCAAGCGUACUGUCUCUCAACAUGGGCUCCAUCCCAGUUUUCAUCGCUUCCGGAAUAUUCUGGGUCUGCGAUUCUCGGUCUCAAGGUGGUUGAGCAGCUUCUGGUGGAAAACCAGCGGUUGUCUCCCGGUUUUUUGGAAUGGUGUAGUCUAUUUCCUCGCGAUUCCAAGCUCAUGGCGACGAGCCCCCAGUACAGAGCGGCCUCGCAGCAGGUCGCACGAUGCUUAGCCUCACUCCAUGAGAACUGGCAGGCAUAUGAUGCACAAGUGAGGGCGCGUGCCUAUCCUCCGUUGAUUGAUGAGUUGGUGGUGCGGUUUGGAGUAACAUCCUCGGUGAUGUUAUCAAUUGUAUUUUUGGCUAUGUGCCGGCGGGUGUACGGUGGUAGACACGAAGCACAAUUGAAAGAUUUGUGGCUCCGUAACAAGCAAAAUUACAACCGUCGCUUUCAAACCGCACAGCAAAUAAACCCCGAGCAAAUGCGGCUUGAAAACGAACAAUUGAUCAAGGCGUACCUGGCAUUGCAUACGGCGCAUGUCAACUCACCCCUAGUCGUCACUCCAGCAGUCGGUUCACCACAGGUCAACUCGCCACAGCUUGUGACCGCUCCUCACUCAUUUGGCUCUCAUGCGAGGAGGCAAAGCAUGCCGUCACAACCACCGACACCAUCACUGCCAGCAGCUUCUCAACAACCUUCUCAACCUGCAUCUCCUGCAGCGAUAUCGUUGCCUGGGAGUAGAGGCUCGGUGGCAAGGCCGGUCACUGUUCAAACUGGGCCUCACCAUCACGUCAAUCAAAACUCCCGUGUUCCCACAACCGUUUCCAAUUCACCCGCUCAAUUCAGCACUAAUGCACAUAUCCGCGUCCCUAGCACUGGUGCGAACCAGCCUUCAUCCCGUGGCGUGGCCACUGUCCCGUACAGUCCAUCAGCACCCCCGGUUGAAGGUGCUCUGCCUGGUGUGUACUACAAUCCGCAAUGGAUGAUCACACAACAAAUGUUCGGGCAACCUUCCUUACCGCCAGCUCGUGAAACGGCACCUCCAACCAAUGCCAAUCUGGCACCACCGGCGCCAGGACUAUCAGCCCAGCAAGCUGCAACAUUGCGUGCUCCUCAGGCUCGAACAAACGCUAUUACAGCGAAUACACAAAAUCUGGCUCGGGCGAGAGCCGAAAAUGGGACGAAUAGGCAACCCCGGAAAUCGGGUCCGACCACGCCCGCUUCUCGCGGCUCUGUUGCGGCCCGGCCACAGCAGACCCGGAUACCUGUCGCUCAGACCACGCUUCUUCCACAGCCUGGAUGGAUUCCCGUCAACACUGUCCGGCCAAAUUCUCUUCGGGUUGCCCUUCACCAGGCUCAUCUUCGAGAUCCCAUGCUGAAAAUGAUACAUCAGACCCCAACUGGCGAGAAAGAGGCCGAACUCUUUCAGUAUCUACGGGCGUUCAUGGUGCCUCCCACGCCUUUGGGAUUGGUCGAAUGUGGGUUCCAUUGGAAUUUCGUCCUAGGUCCUGCCCACUGCCAAAAGAUGGCUCGUUCUAUCUUCUGUGGGACCGGAGAACGUUCGCUACGUGUCCUCGUCGAGGGUUGUCAGACCUACCGCCUCCGGUGCAUCAAGGUACCGCCAUCAGCAUUGAAACUUACUGGGCAUGAUUGGAGUGUCGCAGAGACGGUCUGGCCAAGUGUAUUCUAUAUCUUCGUGAAUGACGUGGAGCUCUACGUGCGUCGAAAGGUGCACAAUGGAAAAGAUAUACCAUUGGACAUAACGGAUUAUCUGCAUGAGGGCAACAACAGGGUUUCUAUUCACUUGAUUCGCAGCCCAGCUGAGGCCAAGGAUCUGUAUUACGUGGCCGGGGUCGAGGUGCUUGAUAUCGCGGAAUAUGCCACGGUUAAGAGUAGUGCACGUGAGCUGCCAGCGUCUGAAUCUCGAGCUCGAAUUCAACAGCGCUUGUCGGCUCUUGCGGCAGAUGACGAGCUGAGCAUUGUCAAUGAUGACCUUACUGUGAAUCUGGUCGACCCCUUUAUGGCUCGCAUCUUCAACACCCCUGUCCGCGGUAGCACCUGUGCGCACCAGGAAUGCUUCGAUCUCGACACAUUCCUCAUGACGAGAGCCUCCAAGUCCGGCAAGGGACCCAUGAAAGAGAACUGGAAAUGCCCGAUCUGCGGUGAAGACGCUCGUCCGAGUAGCCUCAUCAUUGACGGUUUCCUGGCCGAAGUGCUUGCCGAACUCAAACGCACCAACCGCGUGGACGAUGCCCGAGCGAUCCAGAUCAAGGCGGACGGCUCUUGGGAGUUGAAAACCGAUCGGGAGUCACAAGCUGCUGAAGAUUGGAACGGGGACAGGGCUGGUAGUGCUAAUGGGGUUUCUGCGAAACGAAAGCAUGAUAAUGUCACGAGUGCAUCUCCGUUGCCGCAGAGGCUCAAGACUGAAGUGUCGUCCACUCCUAGCACGGGUGCUGGACGCAGUCCUCAGCCAGCUCCUCAGGUUAUUGAGUUGGAUUAGGCUGUUGUUGUUUAUCUGUGCUGCUGUACACGUGUGGUAUGGAUACUGAUUCUACUUUUAUCUUUUUCCUUCUGUUUUUCACCUUUCUGGGUGCGUUGUUUUAUGUACGAGUAUGAUACCCGAGUUCAUUGUUUUUGUUAGGCAGGUAAAAUGUUUAUUCUUCGUGGACAUGGCAAGGCGUUGGUUGUUUUCUCUUUUCCUUAGUCUUUGUAUGCUGGGUUCUAUCUAUCUUUGUUCAAGUCUGUUUAUUAUGCAUGCAUACAGGAUCGAUCUGUUUGAGCUUGACCAUUUUUUUGCCUUUCCCCCUUCUUUUCUAUGGCUAUAUAUAUCCUUACCUGGCAUUGUUUUCUUACUUUCUGUGCAUAUGAUGGACUGCAUUGCAUACAUGUAUAUAGAGAAAAGCUCUAAUCACUCAAACC